GCGGGGCUUGAGCUCGCUGCCCCCCUUGCCCCCAACGCCGAGCGCGGAACGUGCGCCUGCCAGCAGGGCCGCGGGGAUUGGGUGAGUGCCGCGCAGGCGCGUUGCUUGGCGGUGGCUGGUGAAGGUUGGUGCGGGGCCAUGGAGCGGGGCAGCGCAGCCGAGGGGCCGCUGGAGCAGCGGCCCGAGGGGGAAGGGGGUCUGCAGCCGGAGCCGCCCCCGCGGCCCCAGGAGGAGGCGGAGGCGCCGGCCCGGCCCCAGGAGGAGGCGGCGGAGGCGCUGGUCCGGCCCCGGCCCCAGGAGGAGGAGGAGGCGGCGGCGCUGCCCCCGGAGAAGCGCAGGAAGCUCCUGUGCGCCGAGUUCGCCUCCAUCACCAGCAGCGACCUGGCCCUGGCUCGCUGCUGCCUGGCGGACAACGACUGGCACAUGCAGAGGGCGCUGAACUCCUACUUCGAGCCGCCCGUGGAGCAGCGAGACGUGGGCGGGAGCCCCCCGGCCCGGGCCCCGACGGAGACCUGCAUUGACCUGACUGCUGAUGUUACUACUAGUAGUGCUGGAGUCAACAACUCAGACUGCAGGCAACAAGAAGAUGAUAGCAGGUUCUCUUUACUUACCUGGAAUAUUGAUGGUCUGGAUCUAGGAAAUCAGCAAGACAGAGCUAGAGGAGUCUGCUCUUAUUUAGCAUUAUACAGUCCAGAUGUGGUGUUUUUACAGGAGGUUAUUCCACCAUACUUGAGUUACCUACAGAAGAGAGCAGUCAGUUACACAAUCAUUCCAGGUAAUAUAGAUGGUUAUUUCACUGCCAUAAUGCUGAAAAAAUCAAGAGUGAAGUUUUUAAGGCAAGAAAUAAUACCUUUCCCAACAACCUCCAUGAUGAGAAAUCUAUUAGUUGUGCAUGUGAAUAUAUCUGGUAAUGAACUCUGCCUUAUGACUUCCCAUCUAGAGAGCACAAAAGGUCAUGCCAAGGAACGCCUAAACCAACUGAGGCAGGUGUUAAAGACAAUGCAGGAGGCAUCAGAGUCAACUACUGUUAUAUUUGGAGGGGAUACAAACCUAAGAGACCACGAGGUUACUCAAAUAGGUGGCUUACCUAACAAUAUUUUGGACAUAUGGGAAUUUUUGGGCAAACCAAAGCACUGCCGUUAUACAUGGGACACAAACUGCAAUUCUAACCUGGAUGCAAAUUUCAAAUGUAAGUUGCGAUUUGAUCGCAUAUUCUUCCGAACUGCAGCAGAAGGGGGACAAAUUAUUCCACGGAGUUUGGACUUAAUUGGACUAGAAAAAUUAGACUGUGGUAGAUUUCCCAGCGAUCACUGGGGUCUUUUGUGUGAUUUUGACGUGAUACUAUAAAGAAAACAAAGUCUGUUUAUUAUUGCAAAAGCUCUUGCAUCUUUUAACCUUUGGAUUUCACAAAAAUUAAAUUCUAAGUUUACAUAAGAUUUAUUUUACAAUCCUAAGGCGUUACCCACUCAUUUAACAUCUGCUGGGAUGACUGUAUAGUAAAAAGCCAAAACGUUUUUAUUUUCUUUGUAUGCAUUCUAGCAGACUUUUUAAAAUAUAUAUUUUAAUGUGGCAAUAAAGUACAGACAUACGAACAAAAUCCAUUUUUAAAUGGAAGAGACAAUCUCAAAUAUAAUCCAUCAGAAUUAAAGCAUUGUCAUUCACGCUCUUUUUCUUUUAUCACUCUUUGUUGUAAUAAUCUCAAUAAAUUGUAAAUUUUUUAGG